AUGAUGCGCGAACACGCCUGGUGGCGCCGUUGGCGACGCGUGUGUGCUUUCCUAAUAAUGGCAGGGAUGUCGGUGAUGUCUUCGUGAGGUGUCUCGACUGUUGGGAGGCACGAUGUGGGUACGGUUGAAGUCAUCCUGGAACAAUAACUUUGUCGUGCUUUUGGCGGUGUUGGACUUUGCCUUAUGUGCUGUGCUGGCUGAGAAAACGGAAGGUGUCCGGCAGGACUUUCUUAGGUAUGAACGAGUACAUCCCAAAGUUAUCAGCCAUGGGCGGAGGCGUCGGGACGUCUUGAGUUUAAGAAAUGAUACUCAUCAAGAUGUUCUACAAGUUAUGUUCAAAGCAUUUGGUCAGCCUUUUACGUUAGACCUGCGAAUGAAAAAAGAUUUGCUGCCAUUAAAUUAUUUUGAAAAGCACCAUGGGAACAAUAAUAGUCACAUCAUAGAUCACCCCAUGAAGAGGAACAACAAGCACUGCUACUACCAUGGCACUGUACGUGGACGGAACAACUCUUGGGCGGCUGUUAGCACUUGCAAUGGGCUCAGUGGAGUUGUCUUUGAUGGAAAAGGGAUUCAUUACAUUCACCCUGACCCACCCGAGCAUUUGUUUUUAAAGGCAUCUGAUAUGAAAGAGAAAUCUUGGAGAUGCGGGUUCAAUGACUCGCUGAACCUGUGGGGUGAUACUCAUUCUCGGGCAAAAAGGUCUGUUGUGAUACAGCCACCAUUCAAAAGUAAUGCAAGAUCUCGUUACGUAGAGCUUUUAAUUGUCAAUGAUAACAAAGAGUUCAUCAAGAUGAAACGAAACAAAGAAGCUGUUUUUGAAAGAAGCAAGCAAAUAGCAAACAUAGUCAAUGCGCUCUAUGCCCCACUAAAUAUAUUCAUUGCACUAGUCGGAGUUAUUGUUUGGACGGAGCACGAUGAAAUAGUCAUGUCUUCUGAUGGUGAUGCAACGUUGACUAAGUUUUUGCAGUAUCGGCGAGAACGUCUUGCCCGAGAGCAUCCAAAUGACAAUGCUCAGCUCAUAACAGACAUUGUGUUGGACAGCAGUGUUGUUGGAAAGGCACUGAAAGGACCCAUCUGCACAUACGAAUACUCUGGUGGCGUCAACAAGGACCACCAUGAAGUUGUUGGUGUUGUGGCUACUACUGUCGCCCAUGAAUUGGGCCACAACUUUGGCAUGGAGCAUGAUGAUAAGGACACCAAAUGUCAGUGCCCUGAAAAAAGGUGCAUAAUGGCAUCAGCGACAAGCAACCCACCCAGCCCCAGCCAGUGGUCAUCCUGCUCCAAGCACUACUUGCAGUCCUCAUUUGAGCAGGGCAUGGAUUUCUGCCUUUGGAACUUGCCUGAGGACAUCAUGGGUCCCGUCUGUGGCAACGGGUUCCUUGAAGAGGGCGAGCAGUGCGACUGUGGUCCAGCAGAGUUCUGCAAAAAUCCUUGUUGUGAAGCAUCGACUUGCAAGUUCAAAGGAAAUGCCAAAUGUGCUAUUGGAGCUUGCUGUGACAUUUCUACAUGCCAGGUUGUCAAAGCUGCCACAUUAUGCCGAGAUGCCAUAACAGAGUGUGAUUUGCCAGAGUAUUGUGACGGAGUUUCAGAGUUCUGUCCUGUGGAUGUUUUUGUGCAAGAUGGAACAGAAUGUGGAGGUGGCAAGGCCUACUGCUUUGGUAAGCAGUGCCGCUCUCACGAUGACCAGUGCCAGCUACUGUGGGGUUCCAGUGGACGUAUGGCUGACCAGCGGUGUUUUGAGCGUAACGAUGAUGGUGAAGUAAAUGCUAAUUGUGGAUACAAUCGCCUUAACAAGACCUACAAGAAAUGCAACAAGGAGGACGUCAUGUGUGGAACACUGCACUGUGUGCAUCUGAAUGAACGGCUGGAGUUUGGCAUUGAGUCUGCAGCUGUCCAGUCCAAAUUUUACAUAGAUGAAAAUGACAAACGAUUCACAUGCCGGUCUGCAAUUGUGGACUUGGGUUUAUUCACGGCUGAUGUUGGCCAGUCUCCAAAUGGUGCAAAAUGUGGCACCAAUAAGGCUUGUAUGAACCAGAAGUGUGUUCCGAUUGAAAAACUGUAUGGAAUCAAAUGCCCUUAUGAUUGUUACAAUAAUGGGGUUUGCAACAGCCGUGGGAACUGCCAUUGCAUGGUGGGUUACGCACCUCCAUACUGCAAUUAUCCAGGGCCUGGUGGCAGUUCAGACAGUGGCCCUGCAUCAGACCCCUCAGCUGGUUACAGUUUUAUGGUGUCCAUGUACAUCAUUUUCCUGUGCAUUGUGCCUCUGGCUGUGAUCACCAGUUUCUCCAUCUACUACUUCCGGCGUCAUCUAAAGACAUGGUGGAUGACAAAGGCUCGCAAAGCAGCAAUAAAGAGUCGUGCGCAGCAGGUUGGCCUUGACAGGCGUGGAGGUCGGCCCCUGUCCAAGUUCAGCAUUGAUGCCGAGGCUAUCAAGGCACUCAAUAUAUCAAGCCCAGUAGCCCAGCACAUGGCACCACAGGAGCCACUAGUUCCCAGUGCGCCACCAUUGCCACCACCACAGCAUCAGAAACCAAACCGCAGUGUGAGCCGUGAGCGUGGCAGUUUUCGCAGCGUAGACAUCUCUGGACCUGUGCUGCAGAGCUCAAGCAACAGCCACAUUACUCCAACGCGGCCAGCACCUGCUAGACCUGCACCUGCCCGGCCUGCCCCAGGGCGGCCCGCGGGCGUCCAGCGGGCACCUUCCUGUCCAUCACAGGGGAGCAUGCGUGGACGCUCACGUGUAGCACGCUCGGCAAGCCAGCGCAGCAACGGUCCUCGACCAGCACAACCACCGCCACCAAGGCCUCCUGCACCCCCUGAUGGGUCUCUAUAUGAUGACUGCACAACGCUUGAGUUUGCUGGCACUCCUCUUGCCUUUGUGCACAAUGAGACAAACAGUUCGCAACGCCCACUUCCAAAUAGGCCACUGCCUGCGCGUCCCACACCAGUCAACACACGACCUGCGACAGGAGUGGCUGCACUUGCAAUGAAGUUUGAGAGAAAUGCGGCAGAGUCUUCACAGCCACUUCAUGGAAGGGCACAGCCCAUGGCAGGGCAACGGUCUCACACAACAACACUUUCUUGAGCAUCUGUUAUGGCACACUGGCAUUGUACAUUGCACCAGCAUGUUGUUCCUUAGCCUGCAUUUGUCCUACCAUUGACAUUUCAGAGAUAGGCAGUAAGUCAGUGCUACUCACAUGGGGCCAUGUUUUGCCUUUCCUCACUGGCCUACAUGACAACUUGCCUCAGUGGAUGAUAAGAAGUGAAUAGAAUUGAAGGAAAGGAAUCCUUAGAAAACCUGGCCACUUUGUACCUUGUACACUUAUGUAUGCAGGCAGGGACAUUGCUCUGCAGCAGCCAUUUGCAAUGGAAGGUUAUUGUACAGUACUGGAGGCAUUGCAGAUUUCACAAGAAGCAGCAGGGGUGCAUUUGAAAAUGCGAGGAACCAGAUGCAGCUACGUAAUGUCUUGUUUUAGUGCUUUUAUUUUUAUUGGACAAAUGCGUAAAUAGCACCCUGCAGUAGUCUUGUUGUCAACUAUUCCUUGGGAGAUGUAGUGUGACAUGCUAUUGACAAAAGCAGUCAAGUACAUUUGGUACACAUGGUGUGCCUAAAGUCGAAUAUUAUUUGUGUCCUAGUACUUGCGUUGUAACAUGCGGCAACAUUUUAUUGAGAUAUGAGAUAGGUUUUACAACAAGUUCAAGGUAUUCCAUGCCCAGUGCUAGUCGCACAAUUUGUCCUCAACACAGAGUCUCUUUCCUUCCUUUAAGCAUGAAUGGCAUUGGUUCAGGAUGCAUAAUCCAUAUUGCUAGAUAGAUGCCCUUCUGCAUAUGCUUGGAGAUAUUGAGAUGUCAUAAAAGGCACCUGUUUAAAAUUGUGCCAACCAUUUCACUAUUAGUAUGAUUGUGGCAAACUUAUGCACUCUAGCUUUAGCAAGCUUUCCCACAGUCCAAGCCAUAUCCAAUUCCUGGGAGAUCACUGGGCAGCCUUUUCUGCAAAAUGUAAAUUUAAAACAAGUACAUUGAGAUGCUGCUCAACCCUGUAGACGCUGCAUUCAUAUCCAUUGGAAUUAUGUUGUACAACUUCUACGGAAUUCUUUUACUGGUUUAUUUUACCACACCAACUGUUAUACGUGUGAUGUAGGUACGUUAAACUAAUGACUGGCAUCCACAAGUGAUUCUGCCACAGUUGGAGACCCUGGCCAGGAAGCAAAGCCACCUGUGAUGGUGCCUUGUGUGAUGACUUUUAAGGGUCCCUCAUGAGGUUUAAGUAUUGCAAACAGACAAGCGUGGCAUGUAGAUCAUGUGGUAGCAAUUAUGUCUGCAAAAAUAUGAAAACAGCUUUGUGGCACCGAAACAGUCAAAAUUUCAGAAGGAUAAACGUGCCCUUCUUCUCGAGAAAGCUGCACUUUGAGCGAGAGUCAGUCGCAUACACACACACUGCUUGGGACGUCGCUGACUAUGGAAUGUGGCUACACUUCAUUGCCCAAAGGUGUGCACAAUGGCGCACCUUGAAAUGCACCACGAAGCAAAAUAGAAAGAGAAAUGGCAAAAAAGACUGUGGCGCUUGUCACAUGGAGCAUUGUGCAGUCCCUCAGCUCUGGCACACAGAAAGACAGAGAAAGAACACUGCUUGUGCACGCUAGCGAAGACAAAAGGAGAGAGUGUGCCUGUUGACAGUAGUUCACGCCUCCUGGAAACUUUCAGUUUCUUUUAACUCCUCCAAUAAUGAACUUACAUGAAAAAUUCUUUCAGCAAAACUCCCUUCGACAGCACCGAUAACUUCCAGUGCAUAAACAACAUUUUCAGUGGGGCCUGGUGAGGAGCCCUUUAGUGAGGCAACAUGCAAAUGAACCUUUUUGCAUUAUUAUUGGAGAAUCUGUGUAAAGCUACAGAACCAGUGUUUGUGCCCACCGUCGUCCUUUUUUUUUAUUGCUCAGCUCAUCAGGUUCUUGUGUACACGGAAACAGUGGCAGUUCCUGUUUUCUGUGUGUAUAUUAUGAACAAUUGUUAGGGAACAGAUGGUGGCUCAAAAUAUAGUGUUUGUCAUAUUCCAUGCAGUCAUAAAAAUAGGCCAGGUUUUCUUUCCCUGAUUUUCUCUCUGCAGAUUUUUUUCUUUUUCUGCAUUAGUUUUUCAACACUUCUGGUGCAGUAUCAUGAAAUUUUUUGUCCGCAUGUGCAUGAUUAAUUUAUUAUGCCUUCUGCUGUGAUUGCACGGUGUAGUAUAGUCAAGUUACACAUUAUCAUACUAAUCAGCCCAUUUGGGUAUUUAUUCAAGGACAGAUUGUGUAUGCAAAUCAUUGGUUGCACAAGCCAUUUUCAGAUGUUGCAUUGCUAGUUAGGAUGCAGAGGGCAGUUGUGCAAAUAGAAGCUUGUUGUAGGCACUCAAGCAAUUAGUGCAUUCUGAUGAGCAGAUGGAUCAAAUGGGUCAUUCAGCCAUUCCUUUGUUGACUGCGUCAUAUGCAACAAGUACUGUUCACGAUGCAUUGGACUUGCAAUCCACCAAGAUCACGAAUUCAAACACACAUACUAGUUUAUGUUCUUCAGCAGUGACUUUCUUGAUAAUACGAUCACUUUUAGGUGUCCUGGGGAGCUUUAUCACUUCAGUAAUUAACUAAAAAAAAAUGGUGGAAAAUAAUUCUGAGAACAAAAUUGUAAUGAAAAAGAAAAAGAACAGAUUGCCAACAUAAUCAAGGAUGCUUACACAUGUUCCAUGUUUGUUUACAUUAUCAUCUCAAAUGCUUUUUGUACUAUCUGGCAAGAACUGCAAAAUCUGCCAUUGCAUAAACUGUUUACGAGACCAUAGACUUUACACAACAGAUAAAUUCACGUUUGUGGCGAUUUGAAUGAGUUGGAACAUUUUGACUUUGUAUAUAUCGUGCACAAAAAGGGUGUACAAAAGAAGAGAUGAUGCAUACAGCAUGCAGAAUUAAUUGAAAGUUAGCGCUAUGUGCGUCUUUGUCUUUCCUUUUCUUGGGUGCUGUGUAUACAGAGUUCACAUCAUUUUUAACAUUCUGCAGGAUUGUGCUGGUUUUGCUUGGUAGGAGAGCUGCAUCUCACUAAUCGUGCAUGCCAGUGUGCUUAUCACAGUUUGCUUUGAUAUGCAGGAAGUCUUGUGAAGUGUGUGAGGCACCAAAGAAUGUUGCCCGGUGGAGUCCCUGUACAUAGGUGACAAAUGCUGGUGUGUGCAGUGAAGAGCGAACUGAAACACCAAUAUUUGGUGCAUAUGGGGCUGUGCCCUUGGUUUGACCUUUUUAUGAAUUUGUGUUAAUGGAGCAUGGCUUUUUCUUUGCACUGGUAUUAGUUGAAGUUGGUCGUUUAACAUCGUGUUGAGCCAGAAUCUGAAACCCAACAGAUUUCUGCAUUGAACAGUGCAGUGGUGGUUGACCGUUUUGAGAAUGCACUCCUACUUAAAUGUUCUGCCAUGGUACAAAGCUCAUUGCAUGCUGUUUUAAUGUAGUGUGCUUUAAACCUGCAUGACAGUUUGCAAGGCCUGAAAAGCCCUACAAGUAGUCCUGCACCAUAAUGCCUUUGAAUGGAUGCUGCUGUGCAAGCUCUGGAAUUUCAGUUAUCUGACGUUUCUACUGUUGAUCAUAUUGCUCCCACAUGGCUGCCAUUAGGCAGGUACUGGACAGUGCAAGUAUUGUCUCUGUGUUAUGCAUAAGUUGGAGGUUACUGAAUAUGCUAGGAUGCAAAGAAGAAUUUAGGCUUUAGAAUUCUCAUUCCUGAAUGUACAUUGCAGCAAAGCUAUCUACACAGAAGCCUUACCAUUUACCAUAGAGUGGCUUUAUCAUGUUGUUGUGAUCGUGAAAUGAGCCAGACCAGGGCAAACAUUAUGGAUGUAGUGUGUGUGAGCUAUGUUUAGUUAUGCAAUGUGUGAACAGUAUUGCAGUUUUGGCCAUAUUUUAUUCGGUGCCACAAUGUCAACGUUGUAUGUUACGAAGUAAGUUAUGGUAUGAGUCUGACCACACUGCACGCUAUAUUACUUUCUCUAAAAAGGCAGACAUAUUGGAGGACUUGCAUUGCCAUUUUUUUUUAACCAGUAUUAGGUAUGAAAAAACAAAAGGUGAUGUGCAUGCUAGCUUCUUGCAGUUUUUUGCAUGUGAUAAAGAGAUAAUCUAAAGUUGUGAUCAAGCGCACAACUGAAUGGCACUAUGUACGUAUAAGAUUGCCAAGCAAGCAUAUGCCUGAUUUUUCUAGGUUCUGCAUAAGUGAUCCUCCUGCCACAACUCCUUGCUGUGCAUGUUUGUUUCUGUAAGUGCCUAUUUAUAGACAUUGUGCAUCUAUUCAUUUCUUGUGUUUUUCAUUUGUGAACAGGAGACAUGUGGUACCUUAAAAUGUUCUGCCAUUUCAGCUGGAUGGUAUAUGCAGGCCAAGCAUUUCCAGUGCAUGCGGCAGUUUUUUUUUUUUUUUUUUUUUCAAUACAGUGCUGUCAUAGGCUAGACUAAACAAUGAGUUUAAUAGCACUCAGUCUUGCAAGAGCAUCAAGUUUUUUUGCCCAUGUCCGUGUGCAAUAUAGACGAGCUGUACAUCUUGUGCAGGACUACCAGUAAUGCAGUUUCAAAGUGUGAAUGUCACAGUUUUAUUUUGUUCUUGUACAUAUGUAUUUAAUGUGUUGAGCAAAGGUCGCUUCUGUGAACAAGUAUAAAUAUAUAUAUAUAUAUAUAUAGACAUAUACAUAUGUACAUAAUAAACUGUUUAUUUAUGAA